GUCCCGACACUUCAAGUCGCUGUGAGAGAUUCUCUUGCCUAUUUCUUCACCUCAGCAGACCGUUGAACUUCCCCUGAACUGAAAAUGCGUGAGUGUAUCUCUAUCCACGUUGGCCAGGCUGGUGUACAGAUCGGCAAUGCCUGUUGGGAGCUGUACUGCCUGGAACAUGGCAUUCAGCCUGAUGGCCAGAUGCCGUCAGACAAGACUAUUGGGGGUGGUGACGACUCCUUCAACACCUUCUUCAGCGAGACCGGAGCGGGGAAACACGUACCGAGGGCAGUGUUUGUUGAUCUAGAGCCAUCGGUUGUGGUUUCUACAGCUGUGGUGGAACCUUACAACUCUAUCCUGACCACCCAUACUACUCUGGAGCACUCUGACUGUGCCUUCAUGGUGGACAAUGAGGCCAUCUACGACAUCUGCCGCCGCAACCUGGACAUCGAGCGUCCGUCCUACACCAACCUCAACCGGCUGAUUGGUCAGAUCGUGUCGUCUAUCACCGCCUCGCUGAGAUUUGACGGUGCCCUGAACGUCGACUUGACCGAGUUCCAGACCAACUUGGUGCCCUACCCACGCAUCCACUUCCCUCUGGCAACCUACGCACCCGUCAUUUCUGCUGAAAAGGCGUACCACGAGCAGCUGUCGGUGGCUGAAAUCACCAACGCCUGCUUCGAGCCGGCCAACCAGCUGGUGAAGUGCGACCCGCGCCACGGCAAGUACAUGGCCUGCUGCAUGCUGUACCGCGGCGACGUGGUGCCCAAGGACGUCAACGCGGCCAUCGCCACCAUCAAGACCAAGAGGACCAUUCAGUUUGUGGACUGGUGCCCCACUGGCUUCAAGGUUGGCAUCAACUACCAGCCACCCACUGUGGUGCCUGGCGGUGACCUGGCCAAGGUGCAGCGUGCCGUGUGCAUGUUGAGCAACACCACGGCCAUCGCUGAGGCCUGGGCCAGGCUGGACCAUAAGUUUGACCUCAUGUACGCCAAGAGGGCCUUUGUGCACUGGUACGUGGGUGAGGGCAUGGAGGAGGGAGAGUUCUCCGAGGCCCGUGAGGAUCUGGCUGCCCUGGAGAAGGACUACGAAGAAGUCGGUGUCGACUCUGUCGAUGCUGAGGGUGAAGACGAAGGCGAGGAGUACUAGAUAUAUAUGUGCCGGGAGACGUCCAAUGUUCAAUAUCAAACGCUUUUGGUCGCCAAAUCGUCGGUGAAACUUAGUCGGCAGAAACAAACCAAAAAUGACAGCUAUGUUGUAAAGCUGGGGAGCAUUCCUUGUUAUUGUUAUUAUCGUUGGGCUUUUCCAGUGCAAUAUUUCGGUUAGCUGGAGACAGCAUAAUAAAUCUCUUUGAAU